AUGUUUGCUUCCCAACUAAGGCCAUGUACCUCAUCCAUUGCAAUAUCGAGAAAACUUGCAAGAAGAUUGCAAAGUACAAUAGCGAAAGAUAAUGUCCAUGCCUCAACCAAACACUCACAGAUGGAUACUAUAAUCCACGAUAUUGUACCCACUAGAGAUUCCACACAUCAAAAUCCUUCCGAAGAUAUUCUUGAUAGCACUGUUAACAACAACAGUACAGGAAUACCGCUUCUAGAAAAAGGUAUCCAGAAGACAGAUGAAAUAACAUCAAAAUUCCAAGAUUACAUGUACAAAUUCAAUAAACUACCAGCAAAUUAUGCUGCAAAUCAAAUACUAGAAUUAGAAGAUCAAGAAUUACAAUUUGAAUUGGAAUCAAUAUUAAACCAAUUUAAUGCUCCAAUCAAAUACGCAUUCGGUUAUGGGUCAGGCGUCUUUGAACAAACAGGAUACAAUAUCAAGGAGAAACCUCAAAUAGAUAUGAUCUUUGGUGUCACUCAUCCAUCUCAUUUCCAUUCUUUAAAUAUGAGACAGAACCCAGAUCAUUAUUCAACUUUGAAAUAUUUUGGAUCUGAAUUUAUAGCAAAAUUUCAAGAUAUUGGCGCUGGUAUUUAUUUCAAUCCCUUUGUGAAAAUUAAUGGUCAUGAAGUUAAAUACGGUAUUGUGUCAAUGAAGAUGUUAUUGAAGGAUUUGGCGACUUGGAACACUUUUUAUUUGGCUGGUCGAUUACAAAAACCUGUAAAAAUAUUAAAGAAUGAUUUAAGAGUACAAUAUUGGAACCAAUUAAAUUUAAAAGCAGCUGCAACAAUUGCAAAACAUUUAACGCUGCAAAAAAAUAAUGGUAAAUUCGAUGAAUUUGAAUUUUAUAAAGAAAUCACUGGAAUAAGCUAUCUUGGUGAUAUUAGGUAUGUUUUAGGAGCUGAAAAUCCAAAUAAAGUUCAAAAUAUUGUAGAUAAAAACUUUACAAGAUUCCAAUCAUACUAUGAACCUAUUUACAAAGAUGUCGUGAUCAAUAAUUCAUCUUAUUUACCUGUAGGAUUUACAAUAAACAAUACAACAAGGAAGUUAAGGGGAAGGAUAAGUAGGUCAAGUAUUUUACAAACAUUGAAAGGAAUUCUUACUGCUGGACCUGCUAAAUCACUAAGAUAUGCGUGGGCAAAAAAAAUGAAAACUUUCAGAAAGUAA